UCUAUUUUUUAUGCAAAAAGCCCACAAGAUUCCUCCCUUCCAGUAAAAAUCCAAGACCCAAACCCCAGCUCCCAUUCCGCCCCCACCCGCCCCCCCCUCCAAUCUUCCACCAUUCUCUUCCUCAAAUCCGAUCUCCUCGCUCUCUCCAUCGAUCGGAUCCUCCCUAUUCCGGCCCCGAUCCUCCCGAUUCGAGCCCUAAUCGCCCGUUCCGGCGGAAUUCUAGGGUUUCUGGGGCGCCUGGGGCGGGGGAUCGGGGGCCGGUGGGGAGAGAUGGACUCUGAGGACGACAUGCAUGAUGCGAAUGAUUUGGAGUCCCUGGACGACGACUUCUACAGCGGGGAGACUGCGAUGGGCAGCGACGAUGGCGAUGGCGACUACGAUUUUGUCGAUAACGAGUCGGACGGCUCCGAGGACAUCACCUCCCAUCGCCAGCAGCAAAAUUAUGCUGUUUUGAGCGAAGCUGAUAUACGGCUGCAUCAAGACGAAGACAUAAACAGGGUGUCUACAGUACUUUCAAUAUCAAGAUCUGCAGCAUUCAUCCUUUUGCGCUAUUUUAACUGGAGUGUCAGUAAGGUGCAUGAUGAAUGGUUUGCAGAUGAAGAAAAUGUUCGGAAGGCUGUUGGCUUGUUGGAGAAUCCAGUGGAAAUGCUGAAUGCUCGGGAACUGACUUGUGGCAUUUGUUUUGAAGACUAUCCCCGUAAUAACAUGAGUGCUGCUGCUUGUGGUCAUCAUUUUUGUGGUGCAUGCUGGAGAGGUUAUAUGAGUACAUCAAUAAGUGAUGGCCCAGGAUGCUUAAUGUUGCGAUGCCCUGAUCCAUCAUGUGGUGCUGCUGUUGGUCAAGACAUGAUUAAUGUCUUAGCUACCGAUGAAGAUAAAAAGAAGUACCUGCGUUACUUUCUUAGAUCUUAUGUUGAAGAUAACAGAAAGACGAAAUGGUGUCCUGCUCCUGGUUGUGAGUUUGCAGUGGAAUUUGUGAUGGGUAGUGGAAGCUAUGAUGUUUGUUGCAAUUGUUCAUACAACUUUUGUUGGAAUUGUACUGAGGAAGCUCAUCGGCCUGUGGACUGUGGCACAGUAGCAAAGUGGAUAUUGAAGAAUAGUGCAGAGUCUGAAAAUAUGAACUGGAUAUUAGCUAAUUCCAAGCCUUGUCCAAAGUGCAAGCGUCCCAUUGAGAAAAACCAGGGGUGCAUGCAUAUUACAUGUACACCUCCUUGUAAAUUUGAGUUUUGCUGGUUAUGUCUUGGUGCAUGGUCAGAACAUGGGGAGAGAACUGGUGGUUUCUAUGCUUGCAAUCGUUAUGAAGCGGCCAAGCAGGAGGGGGUGUAUGAUGAAUCUGAAAGGAGGAGAGAAAUGGCUAAAAACUCUCUUGAGAGAUACACACAUUAUUAUGAGCGAUGGGCCACGAAUCAGUCAUCAAGGCAGAAGGCACUUGCAGAUCUACAUAGUAUGCAAACUGAAAAGCUUGAGAAGUUGAGCGACCGACAAAGCCAACCUGAGUCCCAGCUCAAGUUCAUAUUAGAAGCCUGGUUACAGAUUGUGGAAUGUAGACGAGUAUUAAAGUGGACAUAUGCAUAUGGAUAUUACCUGCCUGAGCAUGAGCAUGCCAAAAGGCAAUUCUUUGAAUAUUUGCAAGGUGAGGCUGAGUCUGGGUUAGAGCGGCUCCACCAAUGUGCAGAAAAGGAGCUCCAAGUCUACCUUGAUGCAGAAACUCCCAUGAAGGAGUUUAAUGACUUCCGUACAAAGCUUGCUGGGCUAACCAGCGUAACUCGAAACUAUUUUGAGAACCUUGUUCGAGCCCUGGAGACUGGCUUGAAGGAUGUUGGCUCUACAAAUAGCCAGGCUACAUGCAGCAAGACUUCGAGCUCCAAGAGCCUCGGUGGCAAGAGUAAGAGCGGAAAGAUAAAGGCAGCUGGGACCAGCUCUAGAUCUGGUGGUCCAAGCCGCAGCUUGGAUGAAAGCAAUCUCUGGUCGUGUGAUCACUGCACCUUUGCCAACCCCAGGUCCACCAACACAUGCCAGAUGUGUGAGCAUCACCGGUAGGCCAUGUAGAGCUAUCUCUUGCAUCCAGAUGUUAUUUUUAUCUGUAAAAAUCCUCUUCCUGUAACCUGUUCCACUGGCCUGACUUCUUGGUAGAAUCAUGUUCCAUGAUGCUGGCAAGAAAUGUAUUUUUAAUCACCUCCUAGGUUGUGAGUGCUUGAGGAAGUGGAAUAAAAAAGGAAGGGAAAACAGCAGCAAAGAAGGAAGCAAAAAGCUGCCUCUUCAUGUAGUGCUCUGUUGUUGACUAGUGACAAGUGAAACAUCAGUUCAUUAUCUGUAUAUAUAUUUAUCUCAUUAUGUGCUUCCGUUGCUUAA